GAAAAUUCCAAUAAAAAAAACAUCCAGUCUUCAGUCCCAUCUCACGGCUCACACCCUGAGAUGUGGUGGAGGCUGACAAGAACAGCAAGAUUGGUUCAAUGGUAGAAUUCAUCGUUGCCAUCGAUGAGACCCGUGUUCGAUUCACGGAUCUUGCACAGCCUUUCCUUUUUGCUCCGUUUCGGCGUUGUCGUCGAUGUAUUUUUGUUGGGGGGUUGGGUGUGGCAGGUGAUUGAGGAUUUAGUGUGGUUUACCUGGGGCGGAGGACUGCUCGGAGCUCGCAAUGCAUUCAUUCCCACCAUACAUAGAACCCGCCUACAUUGGAUCGAUCUGGAUUGGUUAGUUGGUAGGUAAGGGGGGGGCGGAAUACCUGCGUGGACUGGAGCGUGAGCGCGAGGGCGAGGGCGAGGGUGAGGUGAAGUGUGCAGAAAAAUCUUUGUUAGUCGAAUCCGCCAGAUCCCACCACCUCGCUCGCUACGGAUCCACAACAAGACAGCAAGUGGCGGUCGCUACACAUGGCCACCUUGCAUUUUCCGUCAGCUGGAUGGAGAGGAGGGCGGAAGAGAAUCACUUCUUUGUCCCUGAAACCAGACACCACGCCUCAUGAGGAGGAUCAAUCAAGAGACUGGAGGGUCGAUUUGGUACUGAAAUCAGCUACGAGGACAGAUGCUGCAGCAGUCGAAGUGGCAGCCGAGGUUGAUAUGCGAUGCCAAAAAGCCAAGAAAAUUCUCCACCUGGGGGUAUUUCCGGGCUCUAGCUUCUUCAGGUAUAGCGGGAUUGGGGUGGAUAUCUGCCAGAUACGAGGACUCUCUCCCCCUACACCAUCCCUACUUUGUACCAACGUUUGAU